AUUCAAAGUGCCUUUUUCUAGCUUUCGUUGUGGUGCUCUUUAGUGCUAAUUUUCAAUCGUUUGAAUAAAAUCUAAAAAAAAAAAACAAAAUGGAUUUCUACUAUCUGCCAGGAUCUGCGCCAUGCCGGGCCGUUCAGAUGGCCGCCGCCGCCGUUGGCGUCGAACUGAAUCUCAAGCUUACCGAUCUGAUGGCCGGCGAGCACCUAAAACCGAGCUUCCUUAAGCUUAACCCCCAGCACACGAUUCCAACACUGGUGGAUGGCGAUUUCUCGCUGUGGGAAUCGCGUGCCAUUCUAGGCUAUCUGGUCGAGAAGUACGGUAAGGACGAUAAACUGUACCCGAAGGACCCGCAGAAGCGUGCCGUCGUCAACCAGCGGCUGUACUUCGACAUGGGAACGCUGUAUCAGCGUUUCGCCGACUACUGGUACCCGCAGAUCUUCGCCAAGCAGCCGGCCAAUCCGGAAAAUCUGAAAAAGAUGGACGAAGCCGUUGGAUUUCUGAACACGUUCCUCGAGGGCCAACAGUAUGCGGCCGGUGAUGAGCUGACCAUCGCGGAUCUUAGCUUUGCGGCAACGAUCGCCACCUACGAGGUCGCCGGAUUCGAUUUCUCCAAAUAUCCGAACGUCCAGGCGUGGUUGGACCGGUGCAAGAAGAAUGCCCCCGGUUACGACGUGAACCAGGCCGGAGCCGAUGAGUUUAAGGCUAAAUUUUUCUCCUAAAGGAGGAAGUCGUUCAUCGUUUUUGCUACGCGAAUCUCCUGAGUGACGAGUCUCGAGGUAAUAAACAUU